ACAAGCUUAGCCACUAUACUGUGUGAAAGGGUCUGAGCAGCAUCUAUGUUUAGAGAUAUAGACAUGAUAUGAAAGUGCAAGAUCUAAUAAUGGCUCUGUACGACCACUGAAACUUUCCUACUUCUAGGUAAGACGACGACGACGACGACAUACCACGGGCCUGCUUAAGCACAGUCUGAAGAUUCAUUUUAUAAGACAGGUUGGGUGUGAUGAAGAAGGGCCCUUUAUCUUUAAAGUGGAUGUGAUAUUCACAAGCGGUAACCUCGAGUAUGAACAAUAUUCCGUCUAAAGCAGAGGUGAUGGGAUGGAAUUCCCAAAGCCUGGCUGACUUCAUGAGAAAGCUUAAGCUAACAGGGUGUGACAGAGUGGUGACGAAGGCCAGCAUAACUGGAGAACAGUUCAUUCAUAUGACGGAGGGCGAGCUUGACGUGUUCCCCUGCCUCUAUAUCCCAAUUAUUACCAAGAUCCAGAGUGAAAUCAACAAGGAAGAGCAGAAGAAGGCCUUUGCAAAUAAAUUUAAGGUGCUGAAGCCACCAAAACCAGUGAUUUUUAAAAAGGAGGAAUCUUGGGACUCUGAUGAGUUUGAAAAUGAAAGUGAAAACGAGUAUGAGGGCCCAGACCAGGACGAAACAGAAGAGGACUACAUCUGUGCUCUGUCUGACUCACAAACAGCUGAGGAGCAGCUUAGUGACGAGGCAUGUGAAAGCGCCAACAAAGUGCCUGACAUUGAACACAUAAGGAAGCCACCUCGGCCCCCAAGACCGGCCAGACUCCAGGACAACUGCAGAGCUGAAAGAAGCAUGAAGCUUCCACAUCUUCCAAGAAUGAGCAUCGCCCCUCAAAGACCCGUCAUAGCACCAAGGGGCAGGACUGUCGAGGCUCCUGGCUCAUUUACCAGCAAACACAAACAUCCACUGCCCCCUAGGCCAACAGAUAUGCCCAAUAGCAGACCCGAUAAACCAUGUCCAGCCCCUCCAAUUCCAACACCACCUGCUAAGGUCAGCAAUUCAACAGAAAGGCCAAAAAUGACUUUGGACCCCAGCUGGUACGGAGGAAAGGUGACCAGGCAGCAAGCUGAAGCUGCGAUUAGAUUGGUGAACAAGGAUGGGGCGUUUCUGGUGAGGGACAGCCUAAAAAACCCGAUUGAGCACCCCUACACCCUGGUGCUACUGAACCAAGGCAGGAUUUACAACAUUAAGAUCCGUAACCAAGGCAACUCCUACUCCCUUGGCAAUGGCCUCAAAAACAGCCAGAGCUUCCCUGGGGUGAAGGAGAUGAUCAGCCAUCAUGCGCACACCCCACUGAUGCUCAUUGACGCCACAGACCAGAGUCCCGAGGAACAGCACCAGCCCAAGUGCUGCCUGCUGCACCCUGUGAGACCCUGACCAAGCGACAACACCCGCCCGAAUGCGGCUGUUGGCACCUCACUUCCUGACCUCUCUAUGCUAAUUUGCACACGUGAACAUGUGCAGCUAAUUCUGAUGCUUUUUUUUUUUUUUUUUUUUUUUUUUAGAAGAUAUGAAGAAAUGUCACGAUUUUCCCCAACCUCAAAGGUCAUUGUUAUAUAAUCCCUCUUUCUGUUAGCGUCACUUGUAUUUUUAGCAAACAAAAUUUGAGACAAAAAAGUUUCCCCCCCCCCCCCUGUGGCUGUUGGGUCUGUACAUUUUCCACACAAACAGCAUUACCUCCACUC